AAUGCACAAGAACUUCUCUGAUGGAUCUUGAAAGAAUCAGAUUAAUGCAUCACAUGAAACGCAUUCAAAAGACCUUAGUUCUGCAAAGAUGAUUCAAUAUUUAUAGAAUCAAGUGACAAAAGAGGAGGACUAAGCUCAUAUUUCUCAUGGUGAGGCAAAAAUAAAGUAAAAGGUUUAGUUUUGUCAAUCAUAUAUGUCUAUGUUAUUGCUGUUGCUCGCCUUCAGAUAAAACUAUUGGCAGUGUCUAGCCCAUAUGUUUCUAUCAACGAUUUUGCUAUUUUUAUGGGAGUUUUUACCAUUAUUGCGAGUGUUUUAUUAGGAUUCAUCACUGACACUCUCACAGACGUUCUAAAAUAUUCAGGUGUAGUGUUAUGACUAAUUAUUGGAAGAACUAUUUGUGGAGUCGUGAACAAUCUAUUGGUUUGAUAUGCUAUCAACCAAUUGCCUUUAUCAAAGGCGAUUUUCAUGAUUAAUUUGUGCCCAAUCUCUUGUGCUAUCAUGGCAGCCAUAUUUUUGAAAGAGAAGCUAACAAGAAGUUAUAUAUUGUGUCUUUGUGUGGCUCCUAUUGGGAUAUACCUGAUAUCUUUAAAUAUGGACGAUCAAGGUAAAACUGGAAGUUUAACAGGCUAUCUUUCAGCAUUCUGAUCUAUAUGGUUAGGUGGUUUAGUCUUUAUUUUUGUCAGAGCAUUAAAUUUGUAUGGAGUCCAUGCUUCUUGGGUAUAUAUGAGCUGAGGGAUUGGAUUAUUUUUUCAACCCGUUAUCUGGAACCUUUUAAAAGAUGAUGUUCUUCAUUUUGAGCAAUACACUUCAUAUGAUUCAUUCAUGGUAAUCACUCACGGAAUGCUGGCAACUCUAUUCAUGCUCUUAUUAUACUACGCAUCAAAAUAUGUAGAAGCUUCUUUUAUCGCUCCUAUUUCGAACCUUGAGAACAUCUUCUCCAUCAUAGUUGACAUAUUCAUUUUCCAUUACAGCUUCACAAUUAUAGAAAUAGCCGGGAUGUCAAUAUUAGGUGCAUGAAUCAUAACCAUAGUAAUCAUAAAAAUGCAAAAAUAA